CAUCGGCUUACAAUAAGUCCAAUGGUUGAUAAGAAAAUGUUUGGAUUAGGUCGUGGUUUUGUUUAUUUUGGAAUUCUGGUGAUUUGUUCUGGGAACCAUUUUCGAGGGGGAACAAUAACAUGGAAGUCAACUGGACAUGGCUUCGAGGUCGAGUUCAGUUCAAAGCUUGGAUGGGCGGCUGGAACACAUUGUUCAAUAGCUACAGUCGGCUCUGGUAAGAAUGGAACGGAGGCUGCGUGGAAUUGUGAAAAAGGGUGUUCCGGAACGCCUCUUGUCAAUGUCAACCAGGGAAGUUUUCAGUGCACCGGUUUUAAUUUAGCACAAAAUUGGGAACGAACAGAGGGCGUAUUCAAAUACACAUUCCCUGGACCUGGGCCAUUUGAAAUUGCGUUUUCUGGCGGAGCUUGGAUAGUCGAAGUUGGUGCGGGGAGCUGGAAACUUCAGACGACAGUUGAUCUACGAGACCGUUCGGACACUUCUGCUCCUAAUCACAGUCCUAUAAUACCAUCCAAACCUGUUUAUUUCAUCAAAUACGGUUGCACUGGUGAUAUUGUUCUACCAACUAUUGACGCGGAUAACGACACCGUAACGUGUAGAUGGUCUGUUGGAAACGAAUGCUCGGACAUAUGCCAUGACAACGGACAUGCACAAAUUGCAACACUAAACGAGGAGACAUGUACUCUAAUAAUAAACGCAAACUUAAAGAUAAAUGGUACAUAUGCAGUGGCAAUAACGAUAGAGGAUAGACCAAAGGCAACGAUUACAAUUGGAGGAAGUUCCUAUCCUGCUGGAACUAUUAUAUCAUCUGUACCUCUUCAGUUUAUUCUAGUUACGCCGGAUAUGCCAUCAAGAAAUUGCGACGACAAACCCGAGUUCGUUGAACCGACUCCGUCUCAGACAGACCCUCUUGUGUUCCAGAUUGGAGAUGUGGUUUUUCUAAGUUUUUAUGCGACUUCGCGUUCUGCAAGAAUCACCGCCUUCACGCUGCUAGACCCGCCUUUAAAUGUGCAGCAGUCAGCUCUGAGAAAUGACGAUAGGUUCCGCCCAGGCGUGUUCGCUGUUGACCUUUCUUGGAUCCCCACUGGGGCCGAUAUAGGACAGAAAAAGAUAUGCGUUGAAGCAACGGAUGAAUACUUGUUGAGCCAUCAGCAUUGCGUAACAGUGACAAUCGCAACCGUUGACCCGUGUAUCAAUACGCUCUGUCAACACAACAGCACUUGCAUUAGACAUGGGUAUACAUAUUUAUUCAGAUGCGCAUGUGCACAUGGGUAUACAGGAAGUCGUUGUGAAACAGAUAUUGACGAAUGUACCAGCGCUCCAUGUCAGAACAACGCCACAUGUUUUGAUUUGAUCAACGAAUACUUCUGUGGUUGUCACGUGGGAUACAGCGGAGUUAAUUGCCAGACAGAAAUAGACGAAUGCUUACUGCGCCCAUGCCAUAAUGGAGGAACGUGCAAAGAUCACAUUGGCUGGGCGAAAUGCACUUGCAAACCGGGAUUUACUGGCGAGGUGUGCCAAACAGGAUAUGACAUUUGCGAGUCCAUGCCGUGUCAAAACGGGGGCACUUGUUCCUACCAUGUGUCUUUCGGCUACACAUGCCAAUGUGGGGAUAGCUGGCUUGGAAGGAAUUGCGAGCACCGAUUUGAAAAUGACACAUUCCUGUUGGGAAACCUUACUCAGAUGACCUCCAGCUACAUGCAUUACUCCGCCUGUGACUGUGUGGUGGCUGAACGACGACAGGAUAGAUGUUUCCAAUACUCACGCAACAAACACGCCGGAUAUGGGUUCCUGUCGGCUAUAGCUGGCAUCAUGACCGCUAUUUUAUUAUACAUUCUCUUUGAUGCUAUCUCCAACAAAACGCUAUGCUGCUAUCAGAAGACGAAUAUGGUUCAAAUGGAGAAAACGAUUCCUGAAAAUAAAGUAGAGCUACAUGUAGUAGAACCAACGGAACCAGAACCGGAAGUUGAAACGCCGGAAAAACUGGAGGCGCCGCGGAUCAGGAAGCACCAUUGCUGGGCAUGCGAGGUGAAAUACAACAACGCACCCAUACCAGCCUGGUAUGAACAGAGUUCAAGGACUUACAAACAUUAAACUGACUCACGUAUUAUUAAAACAUAGUUUUCAGUAAAAAUAUCCAAGGUUUUUAUCACGCUGUAUUAGUUUGUUUUGUUUUGUUUUUAUUACAUUUUUAUCUUUGCUGCGUCGAAUAUUGCAUAUAUAUGAACACAACUGGGUUGUUGCGUGCUAAAGUAAAAAUAAUUUAAACCAGCUAUUUGAAGACGUUUAAUAAUAGUUAUAUGAAGAACUUACAUGUCGUUACAUUUUGUUUUCGUAUUUUCUAUACUGUAUCGUAUAAUAUUCUACGUAUAUUGUCACAUAUAUAUCGAACAUAUUAAAAUAUGUUAUUGGUCA